ACAUAACUCCCAACUAUCUGUAUAAUAAACUAAAUCAGGAGGGGAGGGGAGAAGAGAUAUCAGUUCCCCCCUUCUUCUGCUUCUCCUUCUUUUUUUGGGGACUGUGCCCGAGAUACUCUACUUUGGAAGAACAAUCAAGACAAAAGAAGAAGAUAUUCGUCUGUGCCGCUGGAGGUGGGGAGAAGAGAAAGUGCAUGUUUAAUGGCAUUUUGCAAGUCGCUCUCCGGGUGGAAGAGGAGGCAUCACGGCGCGAGUUAGCUCACGGUAGCUCGCUAACAAGGUUCCAGUGGGUCGCUGUGAAGAACCGGCUACUGGGACGCAAUAACGCAAAAUGUCAACCCUGAAACAUUUCGCUCCGGCUGACAUGGCCGUCUAACGGGCUGCCGGCGUUCUCUUCAUGGAUCACGAGGACGGCAGAGAGACACCACUGAAUCCUCUGUGAGCCGAGCGCGAGGAGGGAGUCCAGCCCCCGGGCGAGUCACCGGGCCGACGUGGGCUGCAUGUGGUUCACGGACACCUGCUGGGCGGACCGACGGCCUUUCGCUAUGCACUGUAACCGGAGAGGCGCGAGGACCGUCCCUCUGAUGAAGAUGACGACGACGAUGAUGAUGGUGGUGGCGGUGGCCCGCGGCGCCGUGCCGGAGCGGCAGGACGCCGUGGUGGAGAUGCUGCCGGUGGAGCUGGAGGCCUCCAUGCAGUCCUCCGUGCUCGCCGAGCUCCGGGCUGCGGCGGCGGCGGUCGGCGAGGGACCGGCGGCGGAGAUCCCAGGUUCCUCCGCAAAGAACGGGGGAGCGCACACCGGCAUCCCCGACUGCUCGGCCGUCGUGGGCCAGGUGUUCCAGCUGAGGGUUCCACCGGGACCGGCAAAUACAACCUGUGACGUCCACCUCACGGAAAUGGGAAAGGAGACGCUUCCCGAUUGGCUGUAUUGGGACCGAGAUGGCUGCGUCCUGAGGGGCGUGGCCCUGGAGCGGGAUAAAGGCGUGCACCACAUCGUGGCGUCCGGAGAGGAGCCGGUGGAGAACGCCGUGUCCUCGAGCGCCGUCUUCUCCAUCGAAGUGUUCCCGGAGGAACACGCCGACGCCGAGCCCGCCCCGCUCGCCCCGCCGGCCUGCGGCCCCGAGGAGCUCGUCACCGUCCUCACCGUCAUCCUGGACGCCGACCUGACCAAGAUGGCGGCCGAGCAGCGGGUGGGCCUCCUGGGCGUCAUGAGGACGUUCUCCCGCGUGGCCCUGGAGCUCAUGCGCGUGGCGCCCGUGGUGAACAACCGCCUGUUCGACAUGUCGGCGUUCAUGGCCGGACCGGGCAACGCCAAGAAGGUGGUGGAGAACGGGGCGCUCCUGUCGUGGAAGCUGGGCUGCGCCCUCGACCCGGGCGCCAUCCCCGACAUCGACGGCGUCCGGUCGGCGGCGAAGGACGGCGCCUUGUCGGCCGCGCUGGGUUACCCGGUGGUGGGCUGGCACAUCGUGAACAAGAAGCCCCACGGGGGGAGGCGCGUCCGGCGGCAGCUGCACAACACGCCCACGCCGGUGCCCUCCCUGCUGCCCCCGACCUCUCACCCCGAGCCCCCCGUACGGGUCGUCCCCACGCCGACCUCGCCCUCUAUCGCCCCGGCAACGGACCACUCCGCCCCGCCCGUCCGGGGGCCUCUGCCUCUUCCGGUGAAGCCCACCAUGAGGGUCCGAGAUCAGAUCGCCCACACGCCCGCGUUCGGACCCCCCCAACCCACCGGGGUGCUCGGAACCACCAGCGCCAUGCCGAUCCAGCCCACCGCGACCCGGCCGACGGUCGCGGAGGCCACCGCUCUGCCGACGCCGCCCAGCGCCACCAAGAGACCCAAACCCUCCGCCACCCGGAAACCCAAGAAAGUCAAAACCUCCACCCCGGUGCCCCGGGAGCCCAAGUCCACCACGCCGAAACCGCCCAAACGCACCACCGCCCCCGCUCUCGCUCUGACCCCCAACCAGAACCCGGAGAUCCGCAACGCCAUCGACCAGGUGAACGCCUGGGUCGGCACGUACUUCGAGGUCAAGAUCCCGCCGGACACCUUCUACGACCGCGAGGACGGCACCGCCGACAAGCUGCGCCUGACCCUGAAGCGGACGCCCCGGGAGGCGGUGAACGAGACGUCGUGGAUCCAGUUCAACGGAACCAUCCAGCUGCUGUACGGCCUGGCGGAGGAGCGGCACGCCGGCAAACACGAGUACUUCAUGCUCGCCACGGACAAGGGCGGCAAGAGCAUCAUGGACGCCUUCGAGGUCCGGGUCAACCGCUGGUCGGCUCGCGACAAACCGCCGGCGGUGUUCGCCGCUCGCUUCCACGGCGACCCCGACGCGCUGAGCGGCGACGUCCACAAGAAGAUCCUCCUGGCCAAGAAGCUGGCGUACGCGCUCGGCGACCGCAACAGCAGCGCGGUGACGCUGCGCAGCAUCAGCCGCGGCUCCAUCGUGGUGGAGUGGACCAACAACAGCCUGCCGCAGAGCCCGUGUCCCAAGGAGCAGAUCGCCGCCCUCGGCGCCCGGAUCUCGGACCCCCAGGGGACGCCCAGACCGGCCUUCGCCAAGGCCAUGGCGCCCGAGUUCAAAGCCAUCGGCGUCUCGGUCCGCGGCGCCAACAAAUGCCAGAGCUACAUGUUCGUGCCCCCGGGCGCGGCGGCCACGCCCGCCCCGCCCGCCGCCGCCGCCACGCCGAUGCCCGGGACGGGCCGGCGGAGCGGCGACGACGUCUACCUGCACACGGUCAUCCCCGCCGUGGUGGUCGCCGCCCUGCUGCUCGUCGCCGGCGUGGUCGCCAUGGUCUGCUACCGCAAGAAGCGAAAGGGCAAGCUGACCCUCGAGGACCAGGCCACCUUCAUCAAGAAGGGCGUGCCCAUCAUCUUCGCCGACGAGCUGGACGACUCCAAGUCGCCGCCGUCCUCCAGCAUCCCGCUCAUCCUGCAGGAGGAGAAGCCGCCGCUGCCGCCGCCCGAGUACCCGGCGGUGGCCGGGCCGCGCGGCGCCCUGCUGGACCGCGACCUGCUGGAGGACUACGCGCUCUACCAGGACGACGACCCCAACGCGCCGCCCUACCAGCCGCCGCCGCCCUUCACCGUGCCCGUCGAGGGCAAGGGCUCCCGGCCCAAGAACAUGACCUCGUACCGGUCCCCGCCCCCCUACGUGCCCCCCUAACGACCCCGGGGCCUUCGCUUCGGGAAGCGGUGCAUUGUGGGUACGCUCGUUAAAAAAGAAACUACGACAGGAGUAAUUUUACAUGUGUUGAAUUAAGGCUUUGACUUUGUAGAGGAGCAGACAACCACACCCCAUCACGGAGAAGACACUGUCGUACGACUACUACAAGUACCACUACAAGUACCACUACAAGUACCACUACAAGUACCACUACAAGUACCACUACAAGUACCACUACAAGUACCACUACAAGUACCACUACAAGUACCACUACAAGUACCACUACAAGUACCACUACAAGUACCACUACAAGUACCACUACAAGUACUACAACUACUGGCACAGGGCAGACGGACGGGGUACAGUUCGUACUUUUUGUUGUCGUUCUUCAAAUCCGCUUUUGACUUCUUGCAUAUUUUUUUUAAACAUUUUUUUUUUUGCCAAGAAGAGUCCAUUUUAUCUUCAACGAUGUACUAUUUCUAUUGUAUAGAAAAUAAUAAAGACGCAGGAAAGACUGAAGCCCGCUGGGCCUUUUUUUUUCUGUCACCAUGACAACAGACUCGAGGCUCCUCCUCCCCCCCCACACCCUCAUUGCAAUGUUAAUCUUUAUGAGUUCUGUAUCACUCGUAUCUGUCCUUCGGCUAGGUUUACUAAGAUGUUGCACCUGUUAUUUCUGGAGGGAAUGAAAUACUGAAAGCAUGAAACACUUUCUUUACACACACACCGGUUUGUUUCUUCUGAUCUCGCUCCCUCCCUCUCCUCUGCUUCGCUCCCCCUUGACAAUAACAUGCAAACCUUGCACUUAUGCAAUUUCUUGUUAAACCUUGCACUAUGUGUCUAGUGUUGAAAUGAACAGAGUGAGUGGUUUAGUCCAUUAAGGAGAGAAGAUUUUCUUAUUUUUUUGCAAUUCUUUUUUUAUCCUUGAGCUCGCCAUGACGACUAAGAUUCCUCCGGUAUUAUAUUACAUAUAUAUAUUUAUAUAUAUAUUAAUAUGUAUAUAUAUAUUUGGAUAUUUAUAUAUGAAAUAUUAUAU